AUAUGGAUCACAAGUAUUAUAUGUCAAGAAUUUUUGGACCAUUGGAUUCUGCUAGUCGGGAUUUAUGGGUCAAUAUCGAUCAGAUGGAAAAAGAAAAAGUAAAGAUUCAUGGGAUUCUCUCAAAUACUCAUCGACAAGCUGCUAGAGUGAACCUGUCUUUUGAUUUUCCAUUCUAUGGCCAUUUUCUACGUGAAAUCACAGUGGCAACUGGAGGUUUUAUAUAUACCGGGGAAGUGGUUCAUCGGAUGCUCACGGCAACACAAUAUAUUGCUCCCUUGAUGGCCAAUUUUGAUCCAAGCGUGUCCAGAAAUUCUACAGUCAGAUACUUUGACAAUGGAACCGCCCUUGUGGUCCAGUGGGACCAUGUCCAUCUGCAAGACAACUACAGCCUCGGCAGCUUCACCUUUCAGGCCACCUUGAUCAAUGAUGGUCGAAUAGUGUUUGGAUACAAGGAGAUACCAGUACCUGUGGUGGAAAUAAGCUCUACCAAUCAUCCUGUGAAAGUUGGCCUCUCAGAUGCUUUUGUUGUGGUCCAUAAGAUUCAACAGAUUCCUAAUGUUCGCAGAAGAACAAUCUUCGAAUAUCACAGGGUGGAACUAGAUAUGUCUAAGAUUACCAACUACUCUGCAGUCGAGAUGCUGCCUCUUCCAACUUGUCUCCAGUUUAACAGCUGCGGUACCUGUGUCAGAUCCCAAAUUGGUUUCAACUGCAGCUGGUGCAAUAAUCUCCAAAGAUGUUCCAGUGGUUUUGAUCGCCAUCGGCAAGACUGGGUUGAAAAUGGCUGUCCUGAAGAGUCCAAAGAGAAGAUCUGUGAAGAUUUCUUAGAAACCACCACAGCCCCACGUCACACCACCGGUAGAACGCAAGUAACAACAUCAAGACAUUAUACCACAACGUCAAGAUUAAUAACAUCUCAUCUACCAAGCAGCAUUCCUACAGAGGAUGACACAAAGAUUGCGCUGCAUCUCAAGGACAAUGGAGCCUCGACAGAUGACAGUGCAGCGGAGAAGCAGCGCGGGUCUUUGCACACAGGAUUAAUUAUAGGCAUACUUGUACUGGUUCUGGUGGUUGUUGCUGCCAUCCUUGUAACAAUUUACAUGUACCAUCAUCCGAUGUCUUCUGCUAGUCUCUUUUUCAUUGAGAGACGCCCAAGCCGGUGGCCAGCAAUGAAGUUUAGGAGGGGAUCAGGGCAUCCUGCAUAUGCUGAAGUAGAACCUGUUGGAGAAAAAGAAGGCUUCAUUGUAUCAGAGCAAUGCUGAGUUUAUCGAACAAUGCACCAGUACUGGUUUCUGGUGAAAUGACGUUGAAUUUUUGCAUAUAUUUUCCAGGAAAAAUAAUGCUGUCAGCUACCUAUCCAGAGACAGAAAGAGUAUUUCUCAUGAUCUCCGAUCUAAAAGAAAAAUUCCUUUGCUCUGAAGUUCAAAUGCUACUCAUGGUAGUCUUCCUAUUGUGGAAUUAAGUAGUACGUCCUGGGCAACCUGGACAACAGUAGUGAAUGGACAAGGACUCUUCUACUGGCUUCAGAAGAUACUUUCAACAAGAGAUCUCUAUGGAAAAUGUUUGUAAAUCUUACUUGGGCAAGUGUUUGUUCAGCUCUAGCAAAUGCUAUUGAGCAGGCAAAAGCAACAUGUUAGCAUUGAGGUUUAAGGUGUUCUCGUGCUUCUGGAUAAGUGAACCUUUUUACAGACAGUACACAUAGACAUCAGUGACCCAGAUACAUGGCCAUGACGCAAAAAGUGGUUUAUUGCUGUCUACUUAGUAUUGUGCUUUAUAUAAAUAUUCCAAAUGUGGCCAAAGUGAUAUUCAGUUUUCAUUUAUUUAUAUCCAAAAAUAAGUACCGGCCUGCGAUUACAGUGGUCAUUAAAAUUCUAGGUGCAUUUUUGAAUGAGUGUGGGGUUGCAGACAAUGGGUAACAUUUACAAAGGUUCAAAUAAUUAGGGGGAAUUUAUCAUCAUAAGUGUAUUUGAAGUUAUUUUUAAGAAUGGAGUUGCUAUGCUAACCUGCACCAAAUUUAUGAACAUGAGGCAUGUUUUCUUUAUAAAUUCAUUUCAAGUGCAAUAUUGUUGCACCAGUUUCAGUAAAAGUACAUCUAGGGGCUACCUGGCGUUGAGUUGCAACUGGCUGCAACUUUAUUUGCAAUAUUUUAAAAGUUGCACUUCAUAAAUGUGACUUAAAGGGUAUGUAUACCUAUGGGAAACAUUUUUUAUGAUUGCUUUUUACUCAUUUUGGGCUAAAAAUAAUUUUUACAGUUGGUCUUUAUUAAAAUUGUUUAGCCCCUGUCUCUGUUUAGGCUUGAGAUUCUCUAGUGGCAUGUUCUGAGUGUUUACUUUAUCUCUGGCCUCCUAAACACUCAUCAUAGCUCUAUUCUUAUCUUAGUGAUAAGAAUGUGGCUUAAAAAAGUGUUUAGAACCUUUUAGUAAUUUAUAGAUAAUGUUUAUUAGAUGACCGGCAGUUAACCCUUUGUGACAGAAGGUCUUAAUAUUUUUAAUAAAGACCAAUUGAAGAAAAAAAUUGUAGCCCAAAAUGAGUAAAAUGCUAUUAUUUUAAAAGAAAGUUGCCUCAGAAUGUGUACAUAGCCUUUAAAUGUGAUCUACUGAAAAAAACUGACCAACUUCUUACUCCACUUCUGAAAAAAUGCAAAGGCGCAGCUCACCAAAAGCUACAUCACUUGCGAUAUUUUUAACGCCACAAAACAAGUACAGCAGAAAUGAUAAAUGCCUCCCUUAGGCUACCGGCACACUGGUGCAGGUUUACAAACAGAAAAUCUGCACUGAUUUCUGUGCGUAUUUCAGUGUGUUUCCGUAUGUUUUACUUGGUGCUGAUUUGAUGCGGUUUUGGUGCAGAUCUCACCUUUUGCAUUGAAAAUCCGCACAAAGAAUUGACAUACUUCGGAUUUCAAAAUCCACAUGCAAUAAAAAAGCAACAUGUACAUGAGAUUUAUGUGAUCUCAUACAAUUUGCAGCAUUUUUUCUGUGCAGAUUUUCACGUUUAAUCCGCAACGUGUGCAGGCAGCCUUAGUGUCAGCCAUUGGCUGCAUGGUGACCUUUUGGGUAAGGUGUUAUCCAUGGUUCUGAAAAAGAUUCUCUGGCUAGAGGAUGUAAAUUGCUGCAUUGCAGAUGACAACAUGGGUUAAAUAAGGCAAAAUAAUUGAUGUCAUAUUAGAAUGCUCUCCUUGGGAAGAAGAAAAUUGGUUGCUUGCACACGUAUUCAUCCCAGCAAGCUUCUAUCUAUCUAGAUACAGCCAAACAGCUCUCUAGUACUUUAUAUUAUCUGAACGCGAUGGGCCAGACUUUGGCCUAUUGUUUUCUUACAAAAGCUCCAUAAAUUGUUCACGAUGCAUGCUGUGUAGUAGAAACUGUUCCCCAGAAACAAUAAAAAUACAUGUAGAAGUACAGUAUAUUGAGUAUACACUUUUACUGCAGUCAUUAUCUGAAAUAUAAAAUCAACUCAGCUGGCCUUUGCAAAUGUUGCCCAAAGUCUUCUCAGGAACAUUUCUAGAAAUGCUAUGUCUUCAACAGAUCAACUUAUAAUAAUAAAC